GAUUCGGUGCUCGGAAGGAUCAGCGUAUUUGUGUAUGUUUGUUACCCUGUGAGAGCUGUUUUGUUUUUUGGAGCACGUGAUCAGUGAUCAGCGACGGAUGCUAAUCGCCGAACCAUAUCCAGUUAAAUGUGAUCUCAACACUCAGCCCGCAUACAGAGGAGAAGCAGUAGUUGUGAGCAAUGGAGAGGAAAAAAGACGAAAAGAAAUGGACGCAAGUCCCAACCAAGGAGAAAAUGAAGGACGAACUUCGCGAACCGAAUCCUCGGCAAGAUGCCAAUCCGUUGUCCGUCAUGUUUUUUGCUUGGACACUGGCUGUAUUUCGAAGGGUGAAGGAAGACACGCAUUUGGAACUAAAAGACUUGUACGCACCGCUCACGGAAGAUGAAGCUAAGGCACUGGGCGAUAGACUGGAUAGGCACUGGGCGAAAAAGGUAGAAGAGAGCACUCCAGAAAAGCCACCAAGGUUGAUUUUCGUGAUGUUCCGCACGUUUUGGCGAGAAUUCAUUUUAAUUGGCGUUUUGGAUUUCCUAAGCGAACCAGUAAUCAGAAUAAUUCAGCCCUUGAUUCUCGGCCGACUGCUUCUUUAUUUCAAAGAAGGCUCGACAGUAACUUAUGAAGAAGCGUGGUUUUUAGCAGCGGCGAUUGUUUUUUUGCAAGCUGCCAACGCGAUUCUCGUCAAUCAAUAUUCGCAUAAAGCGUGGCACACGGGAUUGAAAAUGAAAGUCGCUGCUUGCUCUCUUAUGUUCCGAAAGGCUCUGCGGCUGAGUAAAACAGCCUUGGGACAAACGGCAACUGGACAAAUAGUCAAUUUAUUGGCAAAUGACGUCAGCAGAUUCGAUCUCGUUGCCUAUUUCAUUCACCUCAUGUGGACUUCCGUGUUGAUCCUCUUCAUCGUUAGUUGGAUUGUUGUGGAAGAACUGGGAACGGCUGGUCUAUACGGCGUCGCGGUGGUGUUGGUUGUGUGCCCCAUCCAGUCUUACACUGCGAGGCUUACUUCAAAGUUCAGAGGAAAAACAGCCUUCAGAACGGAUCAUCGUGUCAGGCUGAUGAGUGAAAUUAUAGACGGAAUACAGGCAAUCAAAAUGUACGCCUGGGAAAAGCCCUUUGGAGAACUGAUAGCACAAUCCAGAAGAGACGAGAUCAAAUGGAUUCGAAGAUCUUCAUUCAUUAGAGGAAUGUAUAUGACUUUCCUUAUGUUCACUACGAGAAUGGCAGUGUUUUGCACACUUCUGGCCUUUGUGCUUGCUGGAAACGUACUAUCGGCUGAUAGAGUGUUCGUGGUUUCGGCUCUAUAUGGAGUACUAGCACACGCCAUGUCGGGCGUGUUUGUUCGUGGGUUGGCCGAAUUUGCAGAAUGCUGGGUAUCCACAAACAGAAUCCAGACGUUUCUCCUUAGGGAUGAAUUUAAAGGACGUCCGUCAGACUUAUCUCACACCAUGCGUUUUGAGAUAGAGAAGAAACCAUUCAAUCAUAAUUCGAUCAGUGAAGAGAAACUCAGCCCUGAAGAGGAGAAAAUCAUCAACAGUGCAAUUUUAACAGAUGAAGAUCUCGGAAUUCUAGAUGACGGUGACAAAACACCGAGUGAAAACCCUGAACCUGGAACAGUGCUGAUUGAAAACGCAUCAGCCAGUUGGGUAAAAGGAGGCGAUGUUACGCUGAACAAAAUCAACCUACAUGCGGAGCCAGGGUCACUGGUGGCGGUGAUCGGCGCCGUCGGCUCGGGAAAAUCGUCCCUAAUCCAAGCCCUGUUGGGCGAGCUGCCUUGGAGCUCAGGUGGAGGCGGCGUGGAGGCACGUGACGUGUCAUACUCGUCGCAAGAGCCUUGGAUAUUUUCUGGAACUAUCCGCGAAAAUAUUUUAUUUGGCCGUGCAUUCGACAGACGCCGCUAUAAUCAGGUGUUGAAAGCAUGUUGCUUGCUCCCUGACAUCAAACGCAUGCGAAACGGCGACGCCACUCUGGUUGGCGAGCGGGGAGGUGCCCUCAGCGGUGGUCAGAAGGCGCGAAUCACCUUGGCCAGGGCUGCGUACUCAACUCACGUGGACGCUUAUCUGCUGGACGAGCCACUCGCUGCCUUGGACGUCAACGUUGCGAAACACGUGUUCGAGGACUGCAUUGACGGGCUGCUAAGGGGUACGACUCGUAUUCUGGUAACCAACCAGUUGCACCUCUUGCGGAAGGUCGAUAUCAUUCUGGUCCUCCACAACGGCGCCAUCCUGACUAAGGGCACCUUUGACCAACUGAUCAAGUCCCAGGGAAUAUUUUCUGAAGUGAUUGGCGAGCCUGCCGGCGACGACUUGGGCUGCGACGAUGAGGGAAGGGCUCAAACGCCGCUCAAGUCCAUUCUAAGACAGAUUUCCAGCUCAUCCCAACAGAGUCUGCAGGCCAUCAAGGACGAUGAGUCCUUGUACCAGGCGAGCGAAACGGAAAAAGAGGAGGAGGCGAACGAAGAAAUCACGGACGAGGGUGCAGUCAGUUUCUCAACGUAUAAAGAGUAUCUUUCAAUGGGCGGCUCUUGCUUCGCGAUUUGGUUCGUCGUGUUUCUUUUCAUUGCGGCCCAAGUUGCCGCCAGCGCAGCAGACAUGUGGGUAGCCUUCUGGACCACCACGGAGCAAAAAAGAGCAUCUCUGACGGAGGAGGAAGAAGGAGCCGAUGCUAGAUUAAUGACCACGGACACGAGCAUUUUAAUUUACGGGUCAAUCAUUGUGAUCCUAUUUAUUACUGCGUUGAGCAGGUCAUUUUUGUUUUACGUUCUAUCCAUGCGAUCGUCAAUUCGCCUCCAUGAAAAAAUGUUCACGUCAUUGGUGCGGGCACCGAUGUACUUUUACUCCUGGAACCCCGCUGGCCGAAUAUUGAAUAGAUUCGCGAGGGAUUUGAGCAACAUAGAUGAAAAACUGCCCAAGGAAUCGCUGGACACAAUCCAGUUCUCGAUUGCAAUGGCCGCGUGUAUGCUGGUGGCUGCUUACGUCAAUAUUAUUUUCCUCAUUCCCGUCGCACUGAUGGCUUUUAUUUCGUACAAGUCGAGGAGGCGAUAUUUGACCGUCUCCCGACAGAUCAAAAGGCUGGAAAAUACGGCCAGAAGUCCGGUCUACUCGCUGCUCGCUGACGUUUUAAAUGCAUUGCCCACCGUCAGAUCAAUGAAGGCAGAGAAAAUGUUAAUUCAACGGGUGGAGGACUACCAGGAUACCCACAGUGCCGCCUGGUACCUGUAUUUCUCUAUCAGCCAUUCGUUUGGCUUCACGCUGGACCUGUUUGUGGUCUUGUUCAUCGCGUUUAUCACGUUCAGCUUUUUACUAACCGACCAGAACGAUGAAAAUACAAGUGCGAUGGCCGGCUUGGCCAUUACUCAAAUAAUUAUGAUGACUGCCCUUUUGAAUUGGGCCAUGCGCCAGUCGGCUGAGGUGGAGAAUGUAAUGACUUCAGUGGAGCGGGCACUUGAGUACACUAAACUGGACCAAGAGCCGCAACCCGUGAUUUCAGAUCCUGUGCCUAAGAACUGGCCCUUUGCAGGCGGGGUGAACUUCAAUGGCACAAGUCUGAGAUACACCCCUGACCAACCGCUGGUGCUGAAAGAUCUAGUGCUGAACAUAGAGCCCGGUUACAAAGUGGGGAUCGUGGGCAGGACUGGCGCCGGUAAAUCCUCCCUGAUAAACGCCCUGUUCAGAUUGGCACCCUUGGAGGGUGCAGUUUUAAUCGACGCGGUCAACACGAGCAGCCUCACACUGGAGGACUUGCGCUCCAAGAUUUCAAUCAUUCCGCAAGAUCCAGUUCUUUUCUCAGGAACGCUCAGAUACAACCUUGAUCCCUUUGGCGAGUACCCUGAUUACCUUUUGUGGCGAGCACUGGAAGACGUCGAGCUAAAAGACGUUGUAACUGAAAUCGCUGGGCUUGACAGUCUAGUCGCAGCUGGUGGAUCUAAUUGGAGUGUAGGACAAAGGCAACUUUUGUGUCUCGCAAGAACAAUUUUGAGGAGAAACAAAGUUUUGGUCCUGGACGAGGCCACUGCAAAUGUCGAUCCUAAAACUGACGCACUCAUCCAAAAAACAAUAAGGAAACAAUUUCAAGACUGUACUGUUCUGACAGUCGCUCAUCGUCUCAACACAAUAAUGGAUUCAGACAGGGUUUUAGUAAUGGCUGAUGGGAAACUAAUGGAGUAUGGGGCGCCCUAUGAACUAUUGCAAGUGGAAAACGGAAUGUUCCGACGCAUGAUUGACGAAACCGGUUUUCACUCGGCCAAGACCUUGGAGAAAAUAGCCAGAGAGAAAUUCGAGAAAGAUUUGGUGAAUGAAAGUGCUGAUGCCAACACAGGCUCGCUGUCGCCGUGAUAAUUAUGACAAGACUGAUACAAAUUUUCCAGCCACAAAGUAAAUAGUGGCGAUAAGGAACGGUGGAAUAAGGGAGAUGUUAUAUUAUGUCAAUUAACUGGUGUCUCAUUAAACAAAACUUACUGCAGUCGAAAAA